GGCGGCUCGCUCGGAAGCUGCGACGCCGAGUUUCACUCUGGCUACCUUCUCCUCAGAGUCGGAGUCACAGCCAGAGCCCUGCCCAGGCCGAGCCGGAGCUGCAGCCCGAGCGCGGUGGUGCCCUCAGCCCCGUCCCCUUGUCCUCCUCAGCCUCGUUGGCAAAGGUGCCUUGGAAUUUGUGUCGCUGAGUCAGCAAGCCUUUCAGAUUUGCCCGGUUUUUGUUGUUUGUGGUUUGUAUCAAGAUGGGAACUCAAACAAGUCAUUCCUCCUAAGGAGCUGGUGUCUUCAUCCAGAAGGGACAGUUUGUGUCAGCUCUCCAGAAAGAAAAGAUCUGCCGGAGGCGCUGGGCAAUGACCCCGGGACUCCAGGCCAGAGGGGUCUGAAGCCGUUUGGGAAAGCAGCGGGACUCCUUGGGAAGAUGGCCAUGGCCCCAAGCCCUUCCCUGGUACAGGUGUACACCAGCCCUGUGGCUGUGGCCGUGUGGGAAUGGCAGGAUGGGCUGGGCACCUGGCACCCCUACAGUGCCACCGUCUGCAGCUUCAUCGAGCAGCAGUUUGUCCAGCAGAAGGGCCAGCGUUUUGGGCUUGGGAGCCUGGCCCACAGCAUUCCCUUGGGCCAGGCAGACCCCUCGCUGGCCCCUUACAUUAUUGACCUCCCCAGCUGGACCCAGUUCCGCCAGGACACCGGCACCAUGCGGGCUGUGCGGAGACACCUGUUCCCCCAGCACUCAGCCCCUGGCCGAGGUGUCGUCUGGGAGUGGCUGAGCGACGAUGGCUCCUGGACCGCCUACGAAGCCAGCAUCUGUGACUAUCUGGAGCAGCAGGUGGCCAAGGGCAACCAGCUCGUGGACUUGGCCCCCCUGGGAUACAACUACACUGUCAACUACGCCACCCACACGCAGACCAACAAGACUUCCAGCUUCUGCCGCAGUGUGCGGCGCCAAGCAGGGCCGCCUUACCCGGUGACCACCAUCAUCGCUCCGCCAGGCCACACAGGCAUCGCCUGCUCUUGCCACCAGUGCCUCAGUGGCAGCGGAACUGGCCCCGUGUCAGGCCGCUACCGCCACUCCAUGACCAACCUCCCUGCAUACCCCGCCCCCCAGCACCCCCCACACAGGACCGCUUUUGUGUUUGGGACCCACCAGGCCUUUGCACCGUACAACAAACCCUCACUCUCUGGGGCCCGGUCUGCGCCCCGGCUGAACACCACCAACCCCUGGGGUGCGGCUCCUCCCUCCCUGGGGAGCCAGCCCCUCUACCGCUUCAGCCUCUCCCACCUGGGACCGCAGCACCUACCCCCAGGAUCCUCCACCUCCGGUGCAGUCAGUGCCUCCCUCCCCAGCGGUCCCUUGAGCAGCCCAGGGAGCGUCCCUGCCACUGUGCCCGUGCAGAUGCCAAAGCCCAGCAGAGUCCAGCAGGCACUCGCAGGCAUGACGAGUGUUCUGAUGUCAGCCAUUGGACUCCCCGUGUGUCUUAGCCGCGCACCCCAGCCCACCAGCCCUCCCGCCUCCCGUCUGGCUUCUAAAAGUCACAGCUCAGUUAAGAGAUUGAGGAAAAUGUCCGUGAAAGGAGCGACCCCGAAGCCAGAGCCAGAGCAGGUCAUAAAAAACUACACGGAAGAGCUGAAAGUGCCCCCAGAUGAGGACUGCAUCAUCUGCAUGGAGAAGCUGUCCGCACCAUCUGGAUACAGCGAUGUGACUGACAGCAAGGCAAUUGGGCCCCUGGCUGUGGGCCGCCUCACCAAGUGCAGCCACGCCUUCCACCUGCUGUGCCUGCUGGCCAUGUACUGCAAUGGCAACAAGACUACCAGCUCAGUGGGUUGCGUCUGCCUCUGUCAGGAUGGAAGUCUGCAGUGUCCCUCCUGCAAAACCAUCUAUGGAGAGAAGACAGGGACCCAGCCCCAGGGAAAGAUGGAGGUAUUACGGUUCCAGAUGUCGCUCCCCGGCCACGAGGACUGCGGGACCAUCCUCAUAGUUUACAACAUACCCCAUGGCAUCCAGGGCCCUGAGCACCCCAAUCCCGGAAAGCCGUUCACUGCCAGAGGGUUUCCCCGCCAGUGCUACCUUCCAGACAACGCCCAGGGCCGCAAGGUCCUAGAGCUCCUGAAGGUGGCCUGGAAGAGGCGGCUCAUCUUCACAGUGGGCACUUCCAGCACCACAGGUGAGACAGACACCGUGGUGUGGAACGAGAUCCACCACAAGACAGAGAUGGACCGCAACGUUACGGGCCACGGCUAUCCCGACCCCAACUACCUGCAGAACGUGCUGGCUGAGCUGGCUGCCCAGGGGGUGACCGAGGACUGCCUGGAGCAGCAGUGACCUUGCACCCCAGCACGCCCGCCUCUGGUGGCCACCCCGCUGCCCCAUGGCUGGCUGGGUGGCCAGGCAGGAAGUGCCCAGCCUGAGAGGCUGGGAGAUUUGUUGAGGGUGUGGGGUGUGCCCCACCUGAAGCCGAGGCUCCCCCUGCCUGCCUCUCUCUCCUCCUCCCCUCCGAGAAUUGGGCAGCCCUGGGCAUUUGUACUCAUGGGGGCUUAAGAUGCAGCUACCUCAGUGCGCAGGGCCCGUCUGUCCUCUGGGGGCUGCUUCGGGCCCGCAGUGCUCGGGGCCUGGCGUGGGGUGAGUAGAGACUUCCCCAGCCUGGACGGGCGUGGGUUCUGGGUCAGCUUCUUUUACCUCAAUUUUGUUUGCAAUAAAUGCUCUAUAGCCAAAGCCA